AUGUCGUCUGCUCGCCACUCGGAUCCCCCCUGGCUUGAUCACCCAGGAAUUCCAGAUGUCAACAAUCACAACUCGACAACCCCUCGCAAGCCAGGUGGUGACCCCUCUGGCUCUCCUGGUCUGUGGGAUAUCCCUGAGCAGGAAACCCCUACUGCCCAUGCUGGAGUAGGGAGAGCGGAUGAGCCGUCAGAGGGCCCCGCUGAUUAUGGUACCAAUUACUACGAUCGUGAUGAUCGUGAGGACGUUCGCCGCGGUCGGGAUGACCGUCAGGCUUUGGAUAGGCAUGGCGCUGUUGCAGCUAGGCCCAUGCCGCACCCUCAUAGUGCAAACAGCCCACACCAUCACAAUGAGUAUAUGACUGAUGAUGACGCAAUUCAGGCUGCUUUGCAGUCAGCUGAUGAGCUUGAAGAAAGGCUUGCGAGAAUUUACCAUAAGGUUGCUGAGAUGGAGGAACAUCAGAACAGGAAUGUAUCACCUCAAGCCGGCCCCAGUACUUUGAGAGGCAAACAAAUUGACCCACGUAAUUGGGGUGCCGCUGGUGUUCCGGAUGACGAUCUGGAUAUUCAAAGCCAGCGAAGGAAUGAGAAUGCCCAAAGAGAGCUUCAUGAUAGGCUCGAACGAAUGAAGGAUUUGAAAGCACAAUACCUUGCAGAGAAAAAGAAGGCUGAAGAACACGCUCAGACCCUGAAGGCGGGUGCUAGCCAACAGCAAAGCAACCCAGAACGGAGGUCAACAUCUCUGAUGUCGAGGGACAUGGAGGAUUUGAUCUCUCGGACCAUGAGAGGGGACUUGCAUGGUCGAUACACAGGAAACGCCACUCCCCGAGACAAUACUCAAUCUGGACAACGAGUUCAGCAACCUGAAGUUCUUCAGGCAAGCAACCAAGUCGCACCAGAUAGCUUCCUCGGAAGAGCUUUGCAUGGCCGAGGAGGUGGAGGAGGUGGCGGCGGCGGCGAUGAUGGACCACCACCCGAUGAUUUCAACUUUGGACAGGCCGAUGACUGGAAUGGCGCGAACGAUGGCUUUGGGAUGGGUUGGGGUGUUCCUGACGAUGGCGAUGGGGGCAAUCAUGCCUUUCGACCUCGUUACAAACCGCUCUCGCUGACACCGCCUGAUAAGUAUCACAGCGAUGCGGACCCACUCAAGUUCUAUCGCUACGUUAACCAGUGUGAAAGGUUCUGUUGCGAAGCAGGUCUACCAAUGCAAGACCGUAUUCCAAAAUGUGCAGAUUCAUUGGCUGGAAAAGCCUAUAAGUUCUAUACGACAUCUGUCUCUAUGGAUGCGCACCUUUGGACAAUGAGGCAGUUCUUCAAUGAACUCUUUAAUUACUGCUUUCCACCUGAUUUCCACCUCAAACAAUGUGCUCGCCUUGACGGAUUCAAACAGAAUAACAUGAAAGUCACCGAAUACGCAGCAGAACUAAUGGUUCUAUUCAAGACCAUUGGAACCUCUACCCCUUGUGAGUGCGUUGAGAAAUUGUGGAACAGGCUUCGGGAAGAGCUACAGCGUGUGCUGUGGCAAGAGAAUCUUGAUCCCAUCCAAUCGACGUGGGCUGAGGUCGUCCAUGUGGCUAUGAGGCAUGAAGUGGCUGAUUGA